GCGCCGGCUCGCUUCACUCGUUCGUAGACCGUCUUGGGUGGCGCGCGUGUUUCCUUCUGCCGGACGCCUCUCGCCACGUGCCCGCUAUCUGUCUGUACAAGCCCCUGCGACCCGACCUUCCGCGAAUCCGAUAAUGGGGCGAUAAGCUAUUAUUUAGUCGUAGAUCCACAUCUUAAAAAUUCGCGAGUGCAGUGUCUGGAUUGUUAUGGAAAAUAGCGCAUUGAUACCAGAUACGAUGUACACGAAAUCUGACGCGUUGAAAGACGCCAGGGACCUGACCAAAAAUUUGGUGGGUGGUGAUUACGAGCGACAGUAUAAAGAAGAGAAGAACGGCAAGGGUCGGAGGAGAUGCGUUCUGUUCGGAGUGUCUAUUGGAGUGUUGGCAGUAUGGCUGGUCGCGCUGACACUGGUCCGCGAGAUUCAGGUGCGGCGGUUGCGCGACGACGUGGACCAGCUCACCGCCAAUGUGAUCGCGCUCUCCGCUAACGUGAUGUCCCUCAAUCAGAAGCUCUCGAAUAAUCGACUCUUCAAUGAAUUCAAAAAUCUCGAGGAUACGAUAUACGCGGAUGAAGAUCAAGAUGGCAACUUAGUCGAAGAUAUAACGGUCGCAACUGAUAAAAAUAUUGAAGUCAAAGAGUCAGACAAGGAGAAGGGGAACUAUUCGCCAUUGAACAAGCUUCACGGGCUGACGGUGCUCGAGGAUGACGCGCAGAUGGCUGAUGAUGAGGACAUGUAUGAUGGUGACGAGGAUGCCGAAAGUGGGGACUGGUAUCCUGAUUAUUAUAAACAAGGGCCCAAGAUUGGGACAACGAAUAUGGUUCGCUUAAAGCCCGAGGACUUCACGGAUGCGGUGCUGCCGGCGGACAAGGAGAGGCAGAUCCCCAUCCCCAAUAUUACGGAGAUCAAGCGGCUGCUCAAUGAGAACCCAGAGCUAACCGACAUUGAUUUACCAACAAUGAAGAUACCGACCAAGGCAGCAGAAGAGGUCCGAGUGAAACGCAGCGUGUUCCCUGAUGCCGCUGCGGACGCUAUCGCUGAAAUGCCAGUACCAAAAAUCAUUUCGAAGACAGACGACCGACGCAAAAUGAAAAAGUUCAUAUCGAGCACAGAUUCAACUAUAGCGGAGAAGAUGUCGCUACACACUGUCACUAGAACUGCAAGAAACAGCGAAGACGGGGAAGGCCGCAGGAGACCAUUCAUCGCCGCCCACUUCCACGGCAACACGUCCCAUCUGAGCCCGGAAAUUCAUGAACAUUACAAAGGUAACGGUUUGGUGAGCGUGUCGCACGACGCGCCGCAUGACGUGUGGUACCCAUCGCCGUGGACGCUGGCCUCCCCGCACCCGCGCCCCACGCUUACCCGCGCAGGCCACGUGCACGUGCAUCACUCCGGCGUCUACCUCGUCUAUGUUCAGAUUUACUACCUGGACAGCCAUGACGUGAUAUCGUGGGUGCUACACCGCACUAAUCCAGACACUGAGGGCCGCGAGACACUCCUACAAUGCGCGCAAUCAGCGCACUCCCCCGAGCCUCUCGAGAAGCCCAACUCCUGCUUCUCCGCCGCCGCUCUCUUCCUCCGUGCCGGCGACAAGCUUGCGGUCAGGAACACCGGCGGCAAUAGACACUCCCUCAUGCAGCCGGAGAAGAGCUUCAUAGGUCUCAUUAAACUGGCCGAUGCCGAAGAACCCAAUCAAGAACUCUAACUAUAUACCGUGUGUUUCCAAAAUCUCAUUUCUUGCCUAAAGCCGCCGCUCGUCGGGCGCAUAGUGAUACGUUCUUUAGUCAGGAAGUGCCAUUGUUAAUACGAUUUAAAUGCAAAUCGUCUCUUGAUUUUAAAUUUAAAUUUUAUGUUUAUCGAUAAGUUUUAAACAUUCGUGUUUAUUUGAAAAAAUAAUAUUUCAUUAAUUAGUUCGUAUAACAAAAUUCGAAUUUAGUUCAAAGUUGAAAAUGUAUUUUUGUAUACGUAAAUGCAGAUAAAGCUUUGUGUGAUACGUUUAAUAUCAUUCAGCUUACAUAAGCAUGGAAUUGAUAGUUUAAGCUUUUGAUGAUAAUCAAACUCAUACGUAAAUUUUUAGUUAAUAGUCGCUUGUAUUUGUACAGCAAUGUAUUGACCGAUGUGAUACAUUGAAUCUGUUAUACCAUUGAUAUUAUAAGUGUAAUGUUACAGUUAUUCAUAAUAUAAUUUAUUUUUACGUUUUGUAAUUCAUUUAUUACGGAGACGUUAAGUCAUAACAUUUAAUAAGGAAAACGCAAUCUGGUAUUGGCAAUAUCGAUUUUUGUACGUCUACCAAUUAAAAUUAUAUAAAAGUUUAA